AUGAAUACAUUUGACAUCCCCAAUCUUAAGGAUGCCUUCAACAGCACCGAUCUCGGAAAUGCAACUAACAGCACCGCCUUUGGAGAGUCUCGCAUUAUAACCAAGGAUCCCUAUUCAGCGGCUACUAUCAUUGGGUUGAUUACGACAGGGCCAACAAUAACAGCCAUGUACAAAACAAGAUAUUGUAACAGUUAUGUGGCAAUUAUUUUACAAAUGCUCACAGCUAACAUGAUGAUUCUGUUAGGCGUUUUGGGAGCAUCACUAUUUCCCGUCGGCACGUAA